GUGCAUUGGCGCAUCGGUGACCCAGUGACCCGCAGCCAUCAGGACCAUGAAACAACAGUCACGCCGUGGUGGAUUGCCACUGCUAUGUGUGGCGGCUGUGGCCUCCCUCCACAUCUGGCAGCAUGGUGGCCUUGUUCCUUGCAACGUCAUGACCAUGACCUUUGGCAACAAAUAUCGGCUAGACAAGAAUGAUCUAUUGGGCUCUGGUGGUUAUGGGAAGGUCUACAAGUGUGUGGACAUGCAGGGCACCGAGCGUGCUGUGAAGCAAGUCUUCACCGCGAACCCCGAAAUCUUGGAUACAGAGAUCGAGAUUCACAGGCAUCUUGGUCAACACCCGAACAUUGUGCAGCUGAUUGAUGUGUAUGACAACGAGGGUGGCGACUCCGGCAAGAUGAUAGUCAUGGAGCUGGCCAAGGGUGGCGAGCUGGGGGAGUACCUGGAGAAGACUGGCAAGAUGACCGAGGAGAAAGCCAAAGGCAUCUUCAAGCAAGUCCUGUCCGCUAUCCAGCACAUGCACUCCAAGAACGUACUUCAUCGGGACCUGAAAUCCGACAACAUCCUGUUGUGCACCGACUCAACACAUGACAUCAAUCAUCCUGUGGUGAAACUUAUUGACUUUGGUGCUGGACAUUGGUCAAAGACCGGACCAUUGCAGGCGAGCAAAUUCAUCGGCACCCUGCAGUAUAUGGCGCCCGAGGUGGUCAUCGCCCGGGGAGACGACUUCGACGCCUCCGAUGCCGCGCAGAUUGAGUCCACGCUGGAGAUUGAGUUCAAGAAGCGACCCUUCGGCAUCCGGAAGUACAAGCCAGGUCCCAACAACAAGGGUGCGCGCAUUCUGGAGGUGAUCCAGCAGAGCAGGUAUCCCGGAGAUCCUCUGGGACAAGCUUUCGUGUCGGGUGUGCAGAAUGAAUGGGUCGUGAAAUCUGUGAAUGGCCGGGAUGUUAGCCAGAUGGACUUUGAGGACAUCCUGGACUUGAUGGGCGAUCGAUUGCUGGACAACAGUUCCAGAGGAGCUUUCGAUGGAUCUUUCAAAGUCACAGGCGACAACAAGGGUCAAGGAAAGGUGCUUCCGAAGGUGGAAAUGGUGGACCUGCCAGUGAAAGUGCAGUAUGCUUUGAUGAAACCCAAGCCUUACGAUUCGAAGGUGGAUGUUUGGAGCCUGGGAUGUGUGCUUUAUCACAUGGUGGCGGGCACCCCUCCUUUCCCUCCUGAGGAGGAGGAUGUGAUGGCUGGUAGAUAUCCACCCAUCCCUGGCGCAUCGCCGCAGCUGACGGACCUGCUCAGCAAGAUGCUCGUGGUGAACCCGGCGGCACGCCUGGAUGCCAACGCCGUGGCGGCGCAUCCCUGGUUGAGAUGACCAAGGAAGCCUUUGCCGCAAGGCGUCAUGUGAGAGUUAACAGGAGGGGCCCAGAGCGGCAGUGGACCCAGCACAUUCGAAG